CCUUUCUUCGUGUCCUCGGAGGCUCUUGUUCGAUCGACUGUUACAGGCCCCUUCUUCACACAUCCCCGACGCUACCCCGCCGCUGUUCAUUUUUGUAUUUAACCUUCUGUUUUUCUUUCGAUCUGUCGCUUUGAUUUCGCGUAUGCUGUAUGUUGAAUAUUUUUUUGUACUUAAGUUUUUGUCUUGUUUCUGGCGAGGUUUUAGGGUUCGUAAUUUUGAAUACUUGCUGUUAGUUCUGGAGGGAGCUAAUCCAGUGCGGAUGUAUCUUCGGUGUGAGUAGUGGUCUAGCACCCAGCGAUUGAUUACUGAAAGCUUGCGUUGAGCCGUCUCGGGGUAGGUUAUUAUUGGCUGUAGUGUCUUGUCGCUGUGUCUGUUCUUUGCAUUGAGGGACAGGGUUUUAAACGCCAUAAAAUCAGCGUUCGACAGUGAUAGCACGAAUAUCUUCUGGUUUCACUCGUAGCAUGGUAUGCCACUUCGGGAGUGCCUGAGUCGUCCUUGUGCACAAUUCGUAGGCGGAGUCGGGUUCUAAGUUUGUGCUAUUGUAUCAGGUGGAGUGAAGGUACAAUGUCGUACAACAAUGUGGUCGGGGGGAAGCUGAAACUUAAAGGGAAGGCCUUAGAUGUUAAAGCUGGGGGGAUGAAGAAGAAAAAGAAGAGGCGAGAUACGCAGGAGCAGCUUCGAUUGCUUACAGGUCGGGAAGUAACUGAACGGGAAGAGAACCACUCUCCCACACGCUCAUCUGAAGCAGACCCCACUUCUCAAGGAGGGGAUGAAGAUGAAGCGGAAGAACGAAGUGAAAGGCAACAAGCUCCAGCGGAGGACCACAGAACGCCUGCAGAGAAAAGAUAUCACGAACAGAAGGCCAAACUGGAAGCCCGACGUCUGACGAAAGUGGCCACGAAGAGUCACCGACAGAGAGUAGAAGAAUUUAAUCAAUAUUUAGCCAAUCUUAGUGAGCAUUAUGACAUACCUAAGGUCGGUCCUGGGUAAGGUUGCAAGAUGUCGUGUUCUCAGUCUCGAUUGGAAGUUGGUGUUGGCGUUUAUGCUCAAGGUUGGCAAUCUGUGAACAAUUUCUCACGUAAUUUUGUAUCAUUUUAGUGUACGUUUGGAUUUGGAUUUACACUUUGUAAUGAAAUGAAUAGUCAUACGUAUUGAAAUGGUGCAUUUGGCAUCCUAUGGUUCAGUAACUUUUAAUGAUGACAUUAUUAAUCUAAAUUAUUUUGAGGCUUCUA